GACAUCCCAGACAGUGAAGAGCUUAAUAGAACGAAGGAAGAAAAUGCCAAUCUACAAGAAAAGCUGAAUGAUGCAGAUUUCAGAAAUGGAGGUUGUCUUAGCAAUUGGUGAUGCUUUUCUCUCUUCAGCUUUUGAUGUUCUCAUUGAUAGGCUUGCUCCUCAGGGUGAUCUUCUCAAAAUGUUUCGGACGCGUAAGAAUGAUGUUGAGCUCUUAAAGAAGCUGAAAUUGACUUUGCUUGGUCUUCAAGCUGUGCUAAGUGAUGCAGAGAAUAAGCAAGCAUCAAAUCAAUUUGUGAGAGAGUGGCUUAAUGAGCUUCGAGUUGCUGUAGACUCUGCUGAAAACUUGAUUGAACAAGUCAAUUAUGAAGCUUUGAAGCUUAAGGUGGAAGGUAAGCAUCAAAAUCUUGCAGAAAAAAUAUUGAAACGUUGUAGAUUUUGCAACCUGUGCUUGAGUGAUGAUUCUUUUCUUAACAUAAAUGACAAGUUGGAAAAGACUAUUGAAACAUUGCAGAAUUUGCAAAAUAAAAUUAGUGACCUUGGCUUACAGAAUUAUUUUGGUUUGACUAAACAAGAAACUAGAACACCUUCAACUUGUUUGGUUGAUGAAUCUGAUAUCUUUGGUAGGCACAAGGAAAUAAAGGAUUUGAUUGACCUUUUAUUGUCUGAAGAUGCAAGUGGAGGAAACCUGACUGUAGUUCCUAUUGUUGGAAUGGGCGGUGCGGGUAAGACAACACUAGCUAAAGUGGUUUGCAAUGAUGAGAAGGUGAAGGACCAUUUUGGUUUGAAAGCUUGGUAUUGUGUUUCUGAGCCAUAUGAUGCUUUCAGAAUAACAAAAGGGUUACUUCAAGAAAUGGGCUCAUUUGACUCAAAGAAUGACGGAAAUUUUAAUCAGCUACAGGUCAAACUGAAGGAAGGCCUGAAGGGAAAGAAGUUUCUUGUUGUCCUUGAUGAUGUGUGGAAUGAUGACUAUAAUGAGUGGGAUAACCUGAGAAAUGUUUUUGUACAAGGAGAUGUUGGAAGUAAGAUCAUUGUAACUACACGUAAGGAGAGUGUUGCUAAGAUGAUGUGUGCUGAUCGUUGCGCAAUCACCGUGGGGACUCUGUCUAAAGACGACUCUUGGGCUUUAUUCAAACGACAUUCACUAGAAAAUAGGGAACAUUCAGAACUUGAAGAGGUUGGGAAAAAAAUUGCAGACAAGUGCAAAGGGUUGCCUUUAGCUCUAAAGGCACUUGCUGGUGUUUUACGCGGCAAAUCAGAGGUGGAUGAGUGGAGAAACAUUUUAAGAAGUGAAAUAUGGGAUCAGCAAAGUUGUUGGAAUGGUACAUUACCAGCGUUGAUGUUGAGCUACAAUGAUCUUCCUCCACAUUUGAAGAGAUGUUUUGCUUUUUGUGCAAUAUAUCCCAAAGAUUAUGAAUUCUGCAAAGACCAAGCUAUUUACCUGUGGAUUGCUAAUGGUCUUGUAAAGCAGUUUUGUUUAGGUAACGAAUACUUUGACGAGUUGAGAUCAAGAUCAUUGUUCGAAAGGGUCCCAGAGUCUGAAUGGGAAUCGGAGAGAUUCUUAAUGCAUGACCUUAUCAAUGACUUGGCCAAAAUUGCAUCUUCAAAACUUUGUAUUAGAUUGGAAGAGAACGAAGGAUCUGAUGAUAUGUUGGAACAAAGUCGGCACAUGUCCUAUUCCUUGGGAUAUGAUAGUGAAUUUGAGAAAUUGAAACUACUCUCCAAAUCAGAGCAGCUGAGGACAUUGCUUCCAACCCAUAACGGUUACUCAUAUCAGCUAAGCAAGAGGGUGUUGCAUAACAUACUGCCAAGACUGACAUCCUUAAGGGCAUUAUCAUUGUCAGGUUAUCCGACUAUUGAGUUACCAAAUGACUUGUUUAUCAAAUUAAAGCUCCUCAGAUUUUUGGACCUUUCUGAGACACAUAUUAAAAAGUUACCAGAUUCCAUUUGUGUCUUGUAUAACUUGGAAACACUUCUCCUGUCAUCUUGUCAAUUUCUUGAGGAGCUACCGCUGCAGAUGGAGAAGUUGAUCAACUUGCGUCACCUCGACAUAACCAACACUUGUUGCUUGAAGAUGCCGCUACAUCUUAGCAAGUUGAAAAGUCUCCAAAUGCUAGUGGGAGCCAAGUUUCUUGUAGGUGGUAGCGGUGGUUUGAGAAUGGAAGAUUUGGGUGAAGUACAUAACUUGUAUGGAUCUCUAUCAGUUUUAGAGUUUCAAAAUGUGGUUGAUAGAAGGGAAGCUGUGAAGGCAAAUAUGAAGGAAAAGGAACAUGUUGAGAAGUUAUCUUUGAAGUGGAGUGAAGGUAGUUCUGCCAACGAUUCACAAACUGAAAGAUCCAUACUUGAUGGGCUAUGGCCAUACACAAACAUAAAAGAAGUCGAAAUCACCGGAUAUAGAGGGACAAGAUUUUCAAAUUGGCUGGCUGAUCCUUCAUUUCUUCAGCUAGUAGCAUUAUCUCUUAGAGACUGCAAGGACUGUGAUUCUUUGCCAGCACUAGGACAGCUUCCUUCUUUGAGAUUCCUUUACAUUAGAAAGAUGCAUGGAAUAAAAGAGGUGACGGAAGAAUUCUAUGGUAAUUCAUCCUCCAAAAAGCCUUUUAACUCUCUUGAGAAGCUUGAAUUUGCAGAUAUGCCAGAGUGGAAGCAAUGGCACGUACUAGGAAGUGGCGAGUUCCCUAAACUUAAGAAGCUUUCAAUUGAAAAAUGUCCAAAGUUGAUGGGGAAGUUGCCUGAAAAUCUUUGUUCUCUGACAAAAUUAAGAAUUUCAGAGACACCUCUUUUUGAGGAAGCUCAACUAUUUAGAUCCCAAUUUGAGGGAAUGAAGCAGAUUGUUAAAUUAGAUAUUAGUGAUUGUAAUUCUCUUACCUCCUUACCUUUUAGCAUACUGCCCAGUUCCUUGAAGACAUUAUGGGUAUCUGAUUGUCAGAAAUUGAAAUUGGAGGAGCCAGUUGGUUAUUGUAACAUGCUUCUCGAGGAAUUGGCACUGGAUGAAUGUGAUUCUAUAGAUGAGUUUCUCCCAAGAGCACGCAAAUUGUCAAUUUCGAGUUGCCAGAACGUUACUAGGUUUUUGAUUCCUACUGCCACUGAAAGAGUCUGGAUUUUUAAUUGUGAGAAUCUUGAAAUACUUUCGGUGGCAGUUGAGUCUGCGAUGACGUCUUUGCAUAUUUCGCAUUGUGAGAAGCUCAAGUGUCUGCCAGAAAUAGAGCUCUUCAAUUUACAAGUCCUGAAGAUCAAUAAUUGCAUGAAACUAGUGAACGGCCAAAAGGAGUGGUGUUUACAGAGACUCACAGAGUUAGAGAUCCAUCAUGAUGGCAGUGAUGAAGAGAUCCAACAUUGGGAGUUGCCUUCCUCUAUUACAAGACUUACGGUAUGGAAUCUGAAAACAUUAAGCAGCCAAGUUCUCAAAAGCCUCACCUCUCUUCAAUAUCUAGAAAUUGAGGGUAAUUUACCUCAAAUUCAGUCACUGCUGGAAGAAGGUGGGCUUCCCUCCUCUCUUUCUGAGCUACAUUUAUAUCACCAUGAUGAGCUCCAUUCACUACAUCUUUGCCACCUCACUUCACUUCUAAGUCUAUACAUCCUUAAUUGCCCUAAUCUCCAAUCACUCUCCAAAUCAACACUGCCCUCCUCCCUCUCUGAGCUGACCAUCGAGAAUUGCCGUAAUCUCCAAUCACUCUCCGAAUCAACACUGCCCUCCUCCCUCUCUAAGCUGACCAUCCAGAAUUGCCCUGAACUCCAAUCCCUUCCAGUAAAAGGGAUAAUUUGA